AAAUAGUAAAAUACCCAUCACUACCUCUCUCCCAUUAUUGUUUCUUACGCUAUUCUUUGCAAUUUACAUCAAUGGCUGCUUCAGCAAUGGCUCUCUCUUCUCCAUCAUUCGCUGGCAAGGCAAUCAAGCUUACUCCAUCCACCUCCGAGCUUGGUGUUGGAUGCAUCACCAUGAGGAAAGCUACCUCCAAGUCUGUUUCCUCUGGAAGUCCAUGGUACGGUCCAAACCGUGUCAAGUAUUUGGGCCCCUUCUCUGGUGAGCCCCCAUCCUACCUUACCGGAGAAUUUCCCGGUGAUUACGGUUGGGACACUGCUGGGUUAUCAGCUGACCCAGAAACCUUUUCGGGCUGUUACACCUUUGCCAAGAACAAGGAACUUGAAGUCAUCCACUCUAGGAGGGCCAUGCUUGGAGCCCUUGGAUGCGUCUUCCCCGAGCUCUUGGCCCAUAAUGGAGUCAAGUUUGGAGAGGCCGUGUGGUUUAAGGCUGGAGCCCAAAUCUUCAGCGAAGGUGGCCUUGAUUACUUGGGCAACCCAAGCUUGGUCCAUGCACAAAGCAUUUUGGCCAUAUGGGCCACACAAGUUAUCUUGAUGGAUGCUGUUGAGGAUUACCGUAUUACUAGUGGACCAUUGGGUGAAGUGACUGACCCAAUUUACCCAGGUGGAAGCUUUGAUCCCUUGGGCCUUGCUGAUGACCCAGAGGCUUUUGCUGAGCUUAAGGUGAAGGAGCUCAAUAAUGGAAGAUUGGCUAUGUUCUCCAUGUUCGGAUUCUUCGUGCAAGCCAUUGUCACUGGAAAGGGACGCUUGGAAAACCUCGCCGACCACCUUGCCGACCCUGUGAACAACAAUGUCUGGGCCUAUGCAACCAACUUCGUCCCCGGAAUGUGA